CUCACUCAGUGUAGUAGUAUUAUAGAGUACUCUGCUGCUGCCGGGGAGAGCACAGAGUCAGCAGCAGGGACAGAGAUCGGGGAGUCUGCUGCACACAAUCUGAUUCCCGAGACACCAGGGAGCCUGACUCACUCCUGCUGCUGUACAGAAGGCUCUUCUCACUCCCGACUGCUUAUUGCUGUGCAGAGGGGGAACAUGUGUAAGAAGCAGUCCCACUGCAGCUAGCCUCUGCGCAGGGAAGCAGGUAAAACAAAGACUCCGGAUCUAGGUGCCUUCCCUGGUGAUUUGGGUAGGAGUGGAAUGGAAUAACUCUACCUACACAUAACACAUACGUGUAGCACAUGGUGUACCAGGAUCUUACUGUAGGCUAGGCUUCCUGAGACUGGAACACUCAACAAUGGACAAUUUCUUUACCGAGGGAACACAAGUUUGGCUACGAGAAAAUGGGCAGCAUUAUCCAAGUUAUGUUCAGUCCUGUGCUGGAGGUGUUGUUGUAUUUAAGACACGUUAUAAUCAGGUAUUCACAUAUAAGCAAAGCACAAUUACUCGUCAGAAGGUAACCACUAUGCAUCCAACUAGCACAAAUGGCGUGGAAGACAUGGCAUUACUGGGAGAUCUUCAUGAAGGAUCAAUAAUGUACAAUGUUUACCAGCGAUACCAGGAGAACAAAAUAUAUACAUACAUUGGCUCCAUCCUUGCUUCUGUCAACCCAUACAAGCUGAUUCCUGGUCUGUAUGACCAUAACACAGUGGAGCUGUACAGCAGGCACCACAUGGGGGAAAUACCUCCGCACAUCUUUGCUGUGGCCAAUGAGUGUUACCGCUGCCUAUGGAAGCGCCAUGACAGCCAAUGUGUUCUCAUCAGUGGUGAAAGUGGGGCAGGAAAGACAGAAAGCACAAAACUAAUUUUAAAGUACCUUUCUGCAAUGAGCCAACAUUCCCUAGAAGUUUCCUCAAAAGAAAAAACAGCCAGCGUAGAACAAGCAAUAUUGGAAAGCAGUCCAAUCAUGGAAGCCUUUGGGAAUGCGAAGACUGUGUACAAUAAUAACUCGAGUCGCUUUGGGAAGUUCAUUCAACUGAAUAUAUGUCAAAAAGGGCACAUUCAGGGAGGACGGAUUGUAGAUUAUUUAUUAGAAAAGAAUCGUGUAGUACGACAGAAUCCUCAGGAGAGAAACUACCACAUAUUCUAUGCACUGCUGGAGGGCGCAGCUAAGGAGGAGAGAGAUGCCUUUUAUUUAUUGCAUCCUGAGAAAUACCACUACUUGAAUCAGUCUGGAUGUAUCACAGAUGAAACUAUAAGUGACAAGGAGACAUUUCAAGAAGUAAAAACUGCCAUGGAAGUCAUGCAGUUUACUUCUGAGGAUCUACGUGAAAUUCUUAGAUUGCUCGCUGGAAUUUUGCAGCUGGGAAACAUAAAUUUUAUAACUGCUGGUGGGGCACAAAUUUCUUCAAAGACAGCACUAGGGAGGACUGCCGAGUUGCUGGGGCUGGACUCAGAGCAACUGACAGAAGCACUGACUCACAGAUCUAUGAUCCUAAGGGGAGAAGAGAUCUCUACCCCACUCAGUAUAGAGCAGGCUAUAGAUAGUAGAGAUUCGGUAGCCAUGGCUCUCUACUCACAAUGCUUUACAUGGGUAAUCAAGAAGAUUAAUAGCCGGAUAAAAGGAAAAGAUGAUUUCAAAUCUAUUGGCAUUUUGGAUAUUUUUGGAUUCGAAAACUUUGAGGUUAAUCGCUUUGAACAGUUCAGUAUAAACUAUGCAAAUGAAAAGCUGCAGCAGUAUUUCAAUAAGCACAUUUUUUCCUUGGAGCAGCUAGAAUACAGCAGGGAAGGACUUGUGUGGGCAAACAUUGAUUGGAAAGAUAAUGGAGAAUGUCUGGACUUGAUAGAAAAGAAACUUGGCUUGUUAGCGCUGAUCAACGAGGAAAGCUACUUUCCGCGCGCUACUGACAGCACCUUAUUGGAGAAGUUACAUAACCAGCAUGCGAACAACUCCUUUUAUGUCAAGCCAAGAGUUGCUGUCCAUAAUUUUGGUGUAAAACACUAUGCUGGAGAGGUCCUUUACGAUGUCAGAGGUAGCCUGGAGAAGAACAGAGACACUUUCAGAGAUGACCUUCUCAAUCUGUUGCGUGAAAGCAGGCUAGAUUUCAUAUAUGAUCUGUUUGAACAUGUGUCAAGUCGAAAUAAUCAAGACACACUGAAGACUGGAAGCAAGCAUCGAAAACCCUCUGUUAGCUUGCAGUUCAAGGAUUCUCUGCAUUCCUUAAUGGCAACACUGAGCACAUCAAAUCCAUUCUUUGUCCGCUGCAUUAAGCCUAAUAUAUACAAGAUGCCAGACCAGUUUGAUCAGACGCUGGUACUCAACCAGUUAAGGUACUCGGGGAUGCUAGAGACAGUCAGGAUCCGCAGAGCUGGUUUUCCUGUCAGAAGACCGUUUCUGGAUUUUUUUUUUAGGUAUAAAGUUCUAAUGAGAAAUCUGACUCUUCCUGAAGAUGUGAAAGGCAAAUGUGAGACUUUACUUCAUCUCCAUGAUACAACGGACACUGAAUGGCAGCUUGGAAAAACCAAGGUUUUCCUGCGAGAGUCCCUGGAACACAAAUUGGAGAAGCAACGUGAGGUGGAAGUCUACAAUGCAGCCUUGAUAAUACAGUCACACAUAAUGGGAUUUGUGGCAAGAAAGCAGUACAGAAAGGUUCUCCACUGCGUUGUUGUGAUACAAAAGAACUAUCGCGCUUUCCUGUGGAGGACAAAGUUUUUACGUCUUAAAAAAGCAGCAGUGACCUUCCAGAGGCAGUUGCGUGGGCAGUUAGCCCGUCGUAUAUACAAGCAACUCCAGGAGCAGAAGCGGAAAGAAGAGGCAGAGAGGAGAAAAAGAGAGGAAGAAGAAAGACGACGGAAAGAAGAGGAAGACAGGCUGAGAAAAGAGGAGGAAAGGAAAAAGAAGGAAGAAGAAGAAAGACUAAUUAAAGAGGCAGAAGAAAGGAAAAGGCAAAGAAUAGAGGCCGAAUUACUAGCCAAGCAGGCUGAAGAGGCAAGAAAACAGCAGGAACUUGCUGCCAUGUUGGAAGCCCAAAAGGUAGCUGGAGAGAAGCGUGAACUAGAGAAACAGAAGGAAAACAAGCAGGUGGAAGAAAUCCUCAGAUUAGAGAAAGAAAUUGACGAUUUACAGCGCAUAAAGGAAAAACAAGAACUGUCCUUAACAGAUGCAUCAUUACUGCGGCUGCAGCAGCUCCGCGAUGAUGAGUUGAAACGUCUGGAAGAAGAAGCCUGCAGAGCAGCCCAGGAGUUUCUCGAGUCCUUAAACUUUGACGAGAUUGAUGAAUGUGUUAAGAAUAUUGAGAUGUCCCUCUCUGUAAGUGAUGUAUUUUCAGAUGAACCCAAUGGCAUUCCUGGAUGUGAAAAACCAACCUUUAAUUUUAGCCAACCUUAUCCUGAAGAAGAAGUCGAUGAGGGCUUUGAGGCAGAUGAUGAUGCAUUUAAAGACUCGCCUAAUCCAAGUGAGCACGGUCACUCAGACCAAAGAACAAGUGGUAUUAGGACCAGUGAUGAUUCUUCAGAAGAAGAUCCUUAUAUGAAUUAUACACUUGGGCCAGCAGCUGAAGUUAUGCCAAACAAUGUAUUACUGCCUCCUGGACCAGACUCAGUAACCUUAAAAAAAACACCAGGUGGAGAGUCUACAUACUGUGUGCCAGAAAAUCUGCCUGAUGGCCCACAGGGUCUAGAAAACCUCAUCAUACCAGAUGGAGAUUAUGAUUACGAUCAUGAUGAUUAUCAAGAUGGAGCAAUAACCUCUGGGAGUAGCGUGACAUUCUCUAACUCGCACAGCAGCCAGUGGUCUCCUGACUAUCACUGCUCCAUAGGAACAUACAAUAGUUCAUCCGCAUACAGAUUUAGUUCUGAAGGAGCGCAAUCUUCAUUUGAGGACAGCGAAGAAGACUUUGAUUCAAGGUUUGACACAGACGAUGAGCUUUCCUAUAGAAGGGAUUCUGUAUACAGUUGUGUGACACUGCCAUAUUUCCACAGUUUUUUGCAUAUGAAAGGUGGGAUGAUGAACACAUGGAAGAGACGUUGGUGUGUCUUGAAAGAUGAGACGUUCCUGUGGUUCAGGUCCAAACAAGAGGCUUUGAAGCAAGGUUGGCUUCAUAAAAAAGGUGGCGGAUCAUCUACUCUCUCCAGAAGGAACUGGAAGAAACGUUGGUUUGUUCUCCGUCAGUUCAGGCUUAUGUACUUUGAAAAUGACAGUGAGGAAAAACUGAAAGGGACCAUAGAACUCAGAGAUGCUAAAGAAAUCAUCGAUAACACAGGCAAAGAAAAUGGCAUUGACAUAAUUAUGGAUAAUCGAACAUACCACUUAAUUGCUGAGUCCCCAGAAGAUGCGAGCCAGUGGUACAGUGUGAUGAGCCAGGUCCAGUCAUCCACAGAGCAGGAAAUUCGGGAGAUGCACGAUGAGCAAGCAAAUCCACAAAAUGCUGUGGGCACCUUGGAUGUUGGAUUGAUUGAUUCUGUCUGUGCUUCUGACAACCCUGAUAGACCAAAUUCAUUUGUAAUCAUCACUGCAAAUCGUGUCCUUCACUGUAACUCAGACACACCUGAGGAAAUGCAUCACUGGAUAACAUUACUGCAGAGAUCCAAGGGUGACACUCGGGUGGAGGGACAGGAAUUCAUUGUCAGAGGCUGGUUACACAAGGAAGUGAAAAAUAGCCCUAAGAUGUCGUCACUGAAGCUGAAGAAGCGCUGGUUUGUGCUUACUCACAACUCACUGGACUAUUACAAGAACUCGGAGAAAAAUGCCAUGAAAUUAGGCACCUUGGUUCUUAACAGCCUAUGUUCUGUGGUGCAGCCUGAGGAGAAAAUCUUUAAGGAAACUGGAUACUGGAAUGUGAUCGUGUAUGGACGCAAGCACUGCUACCGUCUUUAUACUAAACUGUUAAAUGAAGCUACAAGGUGGUCCAGCGCUAUUCAGAAUGUCAUAGACACUAAAGCACCUAUAGACACCCCAACACAGCAGCUAAUACAGGACAUAAAGGAGAACUGUCUGAAUGCUGAAGUUGUGGAGCAGAUUUACAAAAGAAAUCCAAUUCUGCGUUAUACUCAUCACCCUUUACACUCCUCUUUACUACCACUUCCCUACGGAGACAUCAACCUAAACUUGCUAAAAGAUAAAGGCUAUACCACACUCCAGGAUGAAGCUAUCAAGAUUUUUAAUUCUUUGCAACAGCUUGAGUCUCUUUCUGAUCCCAUCCCAAUAAUCCAGGGCGUUCUUCAGACCGGCCAUGAUUUACGGCCGCUAAGAGAUGAACUCUACUGCCAGCUUAUCAAACAGACCAAUACUGCACUGAACCCAGGCAACACAGGGAACACGUAUCAUUGGCAGAUACUCACUUGCCUGAGUUGCACCUUCCCACCUAGUCGCAGCAUACUCAAGUAUCUUAAAUUUCAUCUGAAGAGAAUACGGGAACACUUUCAAGGCUCAGAAAUGGAGAAGUAUGCUGUAUUUAUCUACGAAUCACUGAAGAAAGCCAAAUGUAGGGAGUUUGUUCCAUCUCGAGAAGAAAUUGAAGCCUUAAUUAACAGGCAGGAAAUAACCACCACUGUAUACUGCCACGGCGGGGGAGCUUGCAAGAUCACAAUCAAUUCUCACACCACAGCUGGCGAGGUUGUAGAGAAAUUGAUCCGGGGCCUUGCUAUGGAAGACAGCAGAAAUAUGUUUGCCCUGUUUGAAUACAAUGGACUCACAGAGAAAGCCAUUGAAAGCAGAGCUAUUGUGGCAGAUGUAUUAGCUAAAUUUGAAAAAUUGGCAGUGGACGCUGAAGUAGGAGACAGACCAUGGAAGUUCUACUUUAAACUUUAUUGCUUCUUGGAUACAGAACAUGUGCCAAAAGACAGUGUUGAAUAUGUAUUCAUGUUUGAGCAGGCACACCAAGCAGUUAUUCGGGGCCACUACCCUGCACCUGAAGAAACUCUGCAGGUCCUAGCGGCUUUAAGGCUACAGUAUUCACAUGGAGACUACAGCCUUCACACUGCCGUGCCAGAGCUGGACGACUUUUACCCCAUGCAGAAACUGAAGUCUCGCAUUGCUCAGAAUGCCAAAGUGGCCACGCCAUUAGAGCGGUCUGAAAGGAAGAGGUCUAGUUUCUUAGAAGGAACCUUACGGAGAAGCUUUCGAAGUGGCUCUGUGAGUAAACAGAAGGUAGAAGAGGAACAAAUGCUGGACAUGUGGGUGAAAGAAGAGGUCAUGUCAGCCAGAACCAAUGUCAUUGACAAGUGGAAGAAGUUACAGGGUCUGCUUCCGGACCAGUGCAUGACCAAAUACAUGGCUCUGAUAAAAGAAUGGCCUGGCUAUGGAUCAACACUAUUUGAUGUUGAGUGCAAAGAAGGUGGAUUUCCACAAGAGCUGUGGCUGGGUGUGAGCGUUGAGGCCGUGUCUGUCUAUAAAAGGGGAGAUGGCAGACCUUUGGAGGUGUUUCACUAUGAGCAUAUCCUUUCUUUUGGUGCUCCACUUGCCAAUACUUACAAAAUAGUUGUCGAUGAGCGGGAACUUCUCUUUGAAACCAGUGCGGUGGUGGAUAUUGCGAAGCUGAUGAAGGCAUACAUUAGCAUGAUAGUAAAGAAGAGGUACAGCAGCACGCGAUCGGAAAGCAGUCAUGGGAGCCAGGGAAGUUCUAGGUGAAAAUCGUGCCUCUCACAUAUUGCCUUCCACCAGUGUCAGUUAUAAGCAAAAGAUGCUUCAUUGAUAAAUACCUGGACAUUUCUCAGCUCCUGACAAGGCUGUUGUGGCAAUGUUAGGAUGAUUCAGUGCCUAAAAUAUUGAAACUGCCAGCGCGAUGCCCAAAGCUUUUUUUUUUUUUACUUCACAUUGACUAUUGCCUUAGAACAGUGGUUCUCAAACUCGGUCCUCAGGACCCCACUCAGUGCAUGUUUUGCAGGUAACCCAGCAGGUGCACAGGUGUAUUAAUUACUCACUGACACAUUUUAAAAGGUCUACAGGUGGAGCUAAUCAUUUCACUUGUGAUUCUGUGAGGAGACCUGCAAAACAUGUACUGUGUGGGGUCCUGAGGACCGAGUUUGAGAACCUGUGCCUUAGAACAGUGGUUCCCAACCUCGGUCCUCAAGUACCCCCAACAGUUCAUGUUUUCCAGGUCACCUAGUAGUUGAACAGGUGUAUUCAUUACUCACUGACAUUUUAAAAGACCCACAGGUGGAGGAAAUUAUUUCACUUGCAAUCCUGUGAGGACACCUGGAAAACAUGAACUGUUGGGGGUACUUGAGAACCAAGGUUGGGAACCACUGCCUUAGAAUAUAACCCUUUCCAUAAGUGACGUGCCUUCAACAUGAAUUCACUCACCAUGAAAAAUCUUCCCACCUGGUUCCCUUAAUGAAAAUAAAUGAUUGGAGAGCUGCUGGCAGCCUUCCCUGUGGGCCUGUUUGUGAGGCAACAUGCCUUUUACUUGUACUUUAGUAUUUUUGCUUCUUUUUGUGUGAAUAUUUGACUCAUGGAAAUUCUAUUUUUAUUCUGAGUAUGAAAAAGAAGGGAAUGAUGAUGUGCACUCAUGCAUGUAUAUUUUCAUUGUUUGGUUAUGUGUGAUUAUUAAAGUCUGUUGUAUGUUG